AUGGCGGUCUCAACCAAGCGUCGAGCAGCCUCUUCAAGCCGAGAUGACUAUUCACCUUGCGCGUCGCCGCCGCCUUCCGCGCAUAGACCUAUCAAAAAGGCGCACCGCUCACUAGGAGACUCGGAAUCAUCUGUUUUCAAGAUAGCGGCAAUUCUGGACGCUCCAAGUUCAUCACGCCAUGCGCGUGCACCGGCACGUCUACCCGCGCGAAUGCACAGCGCGUCGUACCACCGUCCUCAACUGCUCGACCACCCAGACGCCAUUAUUGCGCUGCUCACCUGGUUCGAAACGGUAUCGUCCAAACGAGAUAUGCCAUGGCGUGCAGAUUUCAUCGACGCUUCUCAUUACUCCGACGCGGCCAAGUUGAGGGAGGCGAGAAAAAAAAGAGCAUACCAAGUGUGGAUAUCGGAGAUCAUGCUUCAGCAAACACGAGUAGAGACAGUUAAGACGUACUGGUUGAAUUGGAUGAACAAGUGGCCUACCAUAGAAGCGCUUGCAGCCGCCGACCCAGAAGCGGUGCUUGCUGCAUGGAGGGGGCUUGGAUACUACAGCAGAGCAACGCGCAUCCACACCGCGGCGAAGCGAGUAGUUGCUGAUCCACACAUGAUGGGACUUCUACCGGAGACGCCGCAAGAGCUCGAGAAAAACGUACCCGGUGUCGGACCGUACACUGCCGGUGCGAUCUCCUCGAUCGUCUUCGGCCAGGCCGUUCCCAUCAUCGAUGGUAACGUGGUGCGCGUUCUGUCGAGGCAGCUCGCGCUGUAUGCCAAUCCCAAAACCAAGCUGACCUCGCAUCUGAUGUGGGCAACAGCAACCAAGUUGGUGCACAAAGCGUCCGCGCUGCGAGGUGGAAAGGCGACAGUGCCGGGACAGUGGAACCAAGCAUUGAUGGAGCUCGGUAGCACCGUGUGUACGCCUACUAAGCCAAGAUGCGAUGAGUGUCCGAUUCAAGCCACUUGCAGCGCGCAUCAAGAAGCGCAGGCCGAUACGAUCAAAGCCAACAACAAGCCGAAUCAAGCAGCAGGAGCAGAGGUGCUGGAUAUCGAGGAUAUAUGCACGCUUUGCGAGCGCUUCCCGUCUGUCCAAGUUGACUCAAUCAGCACCACUGAGACACAUCAAGACACAAAUGUAGCCAAGCAAAAGAGUAUCAACAACUUGCGUCAAGCGACGCUCUCGUUCGGCUUGCGCUCGGCUUCCAAGCGCAAACGCGCAUCUUCACGCGAACCAAGCGCGCUUACGACGAUCGACAUCGAAAGGCACAUCUGCAAGUUUCCAAUGAAGCUAGAAAAGAAAACGAUCCGACAGGAAGAGUGUCUUGUCUGUAUCAUCCAACGCUCCUCAGGAGAGUUUCUGCUUGAACAGCGACCCGCUUCAGGUUUGCUGGCAAGCACGUGGCAGUUCCCCUCGCUCACGCUCUCCACCACCGCCGCCGGUUCGCCGUCCGAUCAGCGCCAACCGGUGUUCGGCAGCAAACCUACUGCCAAGCUUGUCGAUCCAUUUACCGCAUCGCUCAUCGAUGCCAAAAACACCGUAGAGAGCCAAACCAAUCUGGGUAGCAUCACCCAUAUCUUUUCGCACCUACAUCUCACAAUGCACGUCUACAGCAUCGCUCUGCGUCCUGACUCUGCUGUACGCGAAAUUUCAAACCAGCAAGAAACGUCGACGACGAUGACGACCACGACCACGACGGCAGACAAGAACAAAAAUUUUGGCAGCAGACUCGGAGACAUGGCCACGAGAAGGUGGGCCAACGUUGACCAAGUCGAGGCCGAAACCAUGGGUACGGGCAUGCGCAACUGCUGGUUGGCUCUACAAUCGCAGAACAAGCUCUUGUCGACCAAGACGAGGACGAGCAAGUGA